AUGGCCAGGCCAGUGGCAGCAACUGGUGGCCCUAGUGGGAACAGUGUGUUAUGCUGGGUAGUGUUCGCAUCCACGGUGGCGGCCUUGCUAGUUAUUGAUGCCUUUAUCAUCAAUAGAGGUUCUAAAAUAGUAGAGGUCCCUCCCCGAAGAGCUAUGCUGUAUUGUAUUAUGUACUUGAUCAGUGGCCUUCUCUUCAACGUUGUCGUCUAUGUGCUAUAUGGCUACAAUUCUGAGGCGGCAUUCGGGUGGUUCAACGGGUAUGUUCUCGAGUACAUGCUAAGCAUGGACAACGUGUUUUUCUUCCAGGUGAUUUUCAAAUACUACCGCACACCGAAGUGCCAAGUAAACCGAGCCUUGUUCUAUGGCAUUGGUAUGGCAGCUGCUCUAAGGUUACUAUUCUUCUUCCUAGGUACUACUUUCUUCAAGCUCAUCUCAUUCACCCGUUAUAUAUUCGGAUUGGUUCUCAUAUGGAGUGGGUAUAAGACUGCUACGGACUCAGAUGACCAGGAAGCGGGCGAUCCAAACAAUGCCUGUGCACAGUGUAUAACUUCGAGACUUCGUCUGUUCAAUGCAUAUUCCUCUGACGGAGCAUUUGUCGUGAAAGUUCCUCGAGGAACGGUUGGACCACCGAUAGGGUGUGAUCAGUCGGAGCUAAUUCAUGAUACUAUCCCUCGGAGCUCAGAGGAAGGUCCAUCACAAGAGCCUCUAGUUUAUAAGGCUACCCUUCUAUCGAUAGUGGUUAUUGUUCUUGGUGUGGUAGAUGUGAUAUUUGCUGUCGAUUCAGUAACAGCUAAGAUCUCUCAGUAUGAUGACAUGUUCAUUAACUUCUCGUCCUCGAUAUUUGCUAUGUUAACUCUGAGAUCUUUGUACUUCCUGGUCGUCUAUUUGGCUGACCUCUUUGUUUUCAUGAAAUAUGGCAUCGCGCUUAUCCUAGUCUUGGUGGGUCUACAGCUCCUGUUCGGAUCAUACAUCGACAUAUCUAAUCGGCAAAGUUGUGGUAUAAUAUCGUUGGUAUUUUUUGCCUCGAUAUUCGCCAGCGUGGUUUACUCAAAAUGCGCGGCCUCUUGUAGUCGUCGUGGUUCGAUAUUCGAACUUGAAGUCAUUGGCAGUAGACACAUAGGCGAACCAGAUAUCGAAAUUGGAGCAGAGCAUACACCUCAAGAAGAGCCGUCUACCUCAUCAAGCACAAAGGAGAGUCCUUUGGAAUGAUCCAUACAGUGUGUGUAUUCACUUCGCAACUGUUCCCUCAGCGAAAUCACUUGUUGUAUUAUUCAUACUCUAGCAAUAGAGUCACCA